AUGAAUAUUGUAUAUACAUUAUGCCGUCCUUUUUGGCGCCAAAGGAUUCUUCGUCCUUUACCUUCGGGUGUAUCUACAAAGAAAGUUAUUGUUAUGGUUAAUCAUACUAGUAAAGUAGAUCCAUGGGUAGUUGGAUCUAUUCUUCUUGGUUAUCCAUCUAUUUAUGUUGUUAAAAGAUCGCUACUUAAGGUACCUAUUGCAGGUUGGGCCCUUUAUAUGGCUGGUGCUCUUAGUGUUCAAUUUACAAAAGAAAAAGGAGGAUGGGGAACACAACCAGGAUCUGUACAAGAUAUGAUGAAGGAAGCAUUACGUAAUUUAUAUGAUGGUGUAUUAGUAGUUGUAUUCCCUGAGGGUACACGGAGUGUAUGCGGACGUCUACAACCAUUUAAGAAAGGAUUCUUUAGAUUAGCUGUAGAGAAUCCAGAUAUAUUUAUUCUCCCUAUUGCUAUACAUAAUAACUUUCGUCUAUGGCCAGUAACAAGUAAACUUCUUUAUCCAGGGACAAGUUAUGUUGCUGUUGGUGAUUUAAUUUCUGCACAAGGAUUAACAGCAGAAGAAUUAUGUAAUAAAACACAUGAAGAAAUAUUUAAUUUAUUAAAACUUUCUCCUGAAUUUAAUCCUCUAAGGGAACAACCAUUGACGGAGGCAGCAGGAGCAAGGGAGCAUGGCCUAUAA